CGCGAAACAAAGCGAGGGGGCCACGAAGGGCUGCAACGGUGCCACGAAGGGCAACGAGGAGGCCACGAGGGGCUGCAAAGCGGGAUGUGGGAAGCGAGGUUGGAGCCGAAUGGCAUCAGCUACAGCCCUGGGACCAGCGCGUGUGCGAACGGCGAGCAGUGGCAGCAGGCUCUCCCACUGCUCAGCGAGAUGUGGGAGGCGAAGGUGGAGCCAAGUGUCAUCAGCUACAGCUCUGGGAUCAGCGCGUGCGCGAAAGGCGAGCAGUGGCAGCGGGCUCUAUCGCUGCUCCGCGAGAUGUGGGAAGUGAGGUUGGAGCCUGAUGCCAUCAGCUACAACUCUGGGAUCAGCCCUGGGAUCAGCGCGUGUACGAACGGCGAGCAGUGGCAGCAGGCUCUCCCACUGCUCAGCGAGAUGCGGGAGGCGAAGGCGGAGCCAAGCGUCAUCAGCUACAGCCCUGGGAUCAGCGCGUGCACGAAAGGCGAGCAGUGGCAGCGGGUUCUAUCGCUGCUCUGCGAGAUUUGGGAAGUGAGGUUGGAGCCAGAUGCCAUCAGCUACACCUCUGGGAUCAGCGCGUGUGCGAACGGCGAGCAGUGGCAGAGGGCUCUCCCACUGCUCAGCGAGAUGCGGGAGGCGAUGGUGGAGCCAAGUGUCAUCAGCUACAGCUCUGGGAUCAGCGCAUGCGCGAUAGGCGAGCAGUGGCAGCGGGCUCUCUCACUGCCCAGCGAGAUGUGGGAGGCGAAGGUGGAGCCAAGUGACAUCAGCUAUAGCUCUGGGAUCAGCACCUGCGCGAAAGGCGAGCAGUGGCAGCGGGCUCUAUCACUGCUCAGCGGGAUGCGGGAAGUGAGGUUGGGAUGAAAGUCACCAGCUGCAGCUCUGGGAACAGCGCGUGCGCGAAAGGCGAGCAGCGGCAGCGGGCUCUAUCGCUGCUCUGCGAGAUGUGGGAAGUGAGGUUGGAGCCAGGUGCCAUCAGCUACAACUCUGGGAUCAGCCCUGGGAUCAGCGCGUGUACGAACGGCGAGCAGUGGCAGCAGGCUCUCCCGCUGCUCAGCGAGAUGCGGGAGGCGAAGGUGGACCAGAUGCCAUCAGCUACAACUCUGGGAUCAGCGCGUGCGCGAACGGCGAGCAGUGGCAGCGGGCUCUCUCGCUGCUCAGCGAGAAGUGGGAGGCGAAGGUGGCGCCAAGUGUCAUCAGCUACAAUGCUGGGACCAGCGCGGGCGAGAAGAGGGGGCAGUGGCAACAGGCAGUCGCGCUGCUCAGCGCGAUGUUGGACGCGAAGCUGGGGCCCGACGUCGUGGGUUACAGGGCUGGGGUUGGCGCGUGCACAAAGCGGAAGCAGUGGCAGCGGGCCCUAUCGGCGAUCAUCUGCAGGCAGAUGCAGAAAAUGGAGCCCAAUGUCAUCAACUACAGUGCUAGGAUUGGCGCGUGCACGAAAAGAGACCAGUGGCAGCGAGCCCUAUCGAUGCUCAUCUGGCAGGUCGUGUGCUUCAGCUCCUGGGCCGGCGCUCGCACGGCAGGCGGGCAGGGCCAGCGGGCGCUGCGGCCGCGGGCCGCCGGGCCGGGGCAGCUCUGGCGGCCUUUGCGGGCGGCCGCGCCCGGGCGCGGAGGGGGGCCGGCCGGGCCAGGGCCUCGAG